AAGUAGUGUCGGGGGGCACUAAGCGGCGGAGGACACCGUUGCAGCACAGCUAGGAGACAACCAAGGCACUUAAUAAGAGUCCCGGACCAUAAUAGGAACAAAACAACAUCUGAUAACCGACCUGCAGUUGCGUUAAGUGUAGAUUAGUGUUUAGGGUUAGCAUAAACAACACGACGUGGUGCGAAAUGGCGCUCAUCCCCUCGCAGGUUCUCCGGAUAACCAUCCUUCUGUCCUACUUCUCCAUCCUUUGUCACUACAAAGCCCUGGACAUGCCCGCUCACCAGACCUACGGAGGCAGCUGGAAGUUUCUCACCUUUAUAGACUUGGUGAUCCAGGCGGUGUUCUUCGCCCUGUGUGUCCUCAUAGACAUUUCCAGUCUCCUGACCAGAGCUGGGGAGAGCAGGGAACAGGAGAGGCAGCUCAGGAAGCUCAUCUCACUCCGGGACUGGAUCAUGGCUGUGUUGGCUUUUCCUGUUGGAGCGUUUGUGGUGUUCACGUUCUGGUCCCUGUACAUGUAUGACCGAGAGCUGGUUUACCCCAAACUUCUUGACAACUUCAUCCCACAGUGGCUCAAUCAUGGCAUGCACACCACAGUUCUGCCGUUCAUCAUUAUUGAGAUGAGGACCACCCAUCACAAAUAUCCCAGCAGGCCGUGGGGUCUGGCUGCAGUCUUCACCUUUGGAGCAGGCUACAUUCUCUGGACGUGCUGGGUGCAUCAUGUAACUGGGGUGUGGGUGUACCCCGUCCUGGAGAAGAUUGGCCCCAUGGCUCGAAUCGCCUUCUUCAGCGUCCUCUGUGGUCUCAUCGGAAUCUUCUAUGUUUUCGGAGAGAUUCUCAACAGCUACAUCUGGGACCAGCACACAACCAGCAGCUCAGCUAAAGUAAAAGGCGAGUAACUCUUUGCUUCAAUGGACUUCCUUGAGGACAAAUAAAGUCGGAGCUCUAAACUCCGCCCGCCUGAACAGCACAAGAAGGAAACCAAGCGACCUCUGCUGAAAUGCAUUGAAAUGUAUCCUAUAAGAAUAACCAAUAUUAUAUCGGUAUUACUGUACAUACUUGAAAAUACUUGGAAGCAAAACCUGUUCAUAAUUUGCUUUUCAUUGGAUGUUGUGUUUUUUUUAAGCUGCUGUUGCAUUGUUUUUAGAAGGAGUAUGUUGAAAUGUUUUUAUUCAAAGUUGGCUUAAUAUAUGAAGUUCAUAAACUGUGAUAUUCAUUUGCUGGAUAUAGGAACCGACCAAAGGGAACAACCUGAUUUUGGAGACACUAAGUUAUGGAUAAGUUACUCAGUUAUGUUCAGAGCUGUUAAUAAAUGAUUGAAAAAGAA